AUGAUAGUUUCUGUUCGUAUCUACGAAGUUAGGUUUGUCUUACUCAUUAGGCUCAUUGGAGGUGAUUGGGCUUGGAGCGGAGCAUGGCCGUCAGCUUGGAUCGCCUGUACUGUUGACCUUCAGAGGUCAGUGUCGCUCCGACAGCUGGAGUCGGAUGGCAAUGCAUCCAGGAGUGGGGUUGCUGACAUCAAAGAGGAUUUUCGAAUUGCCGCGGACAAAUACGCGAUGAACUUGCCUGUAAAAUCACGUCUAACACUAAUGUUCGAGAUAUUGGGAACUGUCGGACGAUCUUGUAUGAAAUUUAUGUUGGUUAUAAACUGA